AUGCCGCCCUGCGGUAUCGCAUGUCCUCUGUGGGUGCCCCCCAAGAAAGGGGGCGGACACGCCACCACCCCCUUCAGGCCGGGACCAAGCUGCACUUUUGUGCCGCCAUCAUGGCUCUGCCUCUUCGUGGCAAAAGAAUUGCGGUCUCUGCCCCGAGGCGCUGCCCGCCUGCAUCCCAGCAGCAGAGCAGCGGCAGCUGCUGCUGAGGAGGCGGGCGGUGCCGGCUCAGGCGGGGCCGCCCCGACGGCCGCGGCGCGCCGGAUCCGCCUGCGCCCUGGCCGGGCUGCUGCUGCCACCGCCGAGCUGGGCGCCAGGAUGCGGCUCCCGCCGGCCCCGAUCCCCUUGUUCUUCCCCAUGCUGCUGUUGCUGCUGCUGCUGGCGGGAGAGCCCUGGGCCCGCCGGGCGUCGAGCCGCGCCGCCGCCUCCUGCCCGCAGCAGCAGCAGCCGCCCCAGCAGCGCCGGCUCAGCGGGCGAGAGCGGCGCGAGAUGCAGCGCGAGAUCCUGGCCCUGCUGGGCCUGCCGGGCAGACCCCGGCCCCGGACGCGACCCGCCCCGACGGGCACCAAAGCCGCCGCCCGGCAGCAGCAGCAGCAGCGGCAGCCGCCCUCGGCCGCGCCGCUCUUCAUGCUCGACCUGUACCGCGCGAUGGCAAGCCAGGACGGGGACGACGGGGACGACGAGGGCAGCCCCUGGACGCCGAGCUGGGCGAGGAGUCCCCCGCGGAGCCGGGCCGCCGACGGCGCCGACACCGUCAUGAGCUUCGUCAACCUGGUUGAACUAGAUUGGGACAUCUUCCACCAGAAGCCUUAUUGGAAGGAAUUCAGGUUUGACUUGACACAGAUCCCAACAGGGGAGUCUGUAACAGCGGCUGAAUUCCGAAUUUACAAGAUGCAAAGCUUCAGUUGGCAUGUCAACAAAACCCUUCACGUCAGCAUAUAUGAGAUUGUCCAAGAACAUUCUAACAGGGACUCAGACCUGCUUCUCUUGGACCUCCAGGAUAUCCUGGCUGGGGCAGAGGGUUGGCUGGUGUUCGACGUCGCAGCUGCAAGUAAUCACUGGCUGUUACACCGCAAAUACAACUUGGGCUUGAGGCUCUAUGUGGAGACAGAGGACGGACAGAGUGUUGAUCCUGGAUCAGCUGGCCUCUUGGGUCGCCGCGGACCACGCUCCAAGCAGCCCUUUGUGGUGACAUUUUUCCGGGCAAGCCAAAACCAAGUCAGGGUCCCGCGUGCAGCCAAGCACCUGAGGAAGAGACAGCACAAGAAGAGCCACAGUUUCCCGCACUCAAACAGGCUCCCAGGAGCGUUUGAUGAUGUCCACAUUUCUGAAGGGCGGCAGGUGUGCAGGAGGCACGAGAUGUAUGUCGACUUUCAAGAGCUUAAAUGGAUGGACUGGGUGAUUGCCCCACGGGGCUACUCCGCCUUCUACUGCGCAGGGGACUGCGCUUUCCCUUUGGACUCCUGCAUGAAUGCCACAAAUCAUGCCAUCCUUCAGUCCCUGGUUCACCUGAUGAAGCCUGAAACAGUACCCAAGGCCUGCUGCGCACCCACCAAGCUCAGCGCCACCUCCGUCCUCUAUUAUGACAGCAACAACAACGUCAUCCUCAAGAAACACCGCAACAUGGUGGUCAAGACGUGUGGCUGCCACUGAUGCCUGGGUGGACAUUGGACUGCUGCUGCAUGCAGGAAAGAGGCAGGAAGGAAGCCCUGGCAGUCUGCGGGCCCUGAGCACCUGUUGGAGAGGAAGGGGACUAAAAUCUUGCCACUAUGCAGUAAGUGAAGGAGUCGGCUCUUCCCGCCUGACCUUGAGCUGACACAGACUCGGGCUGUUUGGCUGGAGGUCAGUUGGUUCACAUCCUCAACAAACUGAACAAUCCCCCACAGAGGAACCUUUGCCAAGCAAACUAAAACAUGAUCUGGCUGCACGCAUAGGCCUGUUUUGUAUUCUGUGCCAAGACCCCGCCCAGUUCCUGCACUGUAAAUUAAAUUAAACUUUAAAAGCCACGGUAGAGAAGCAUGCAAAUUAGGAUGCCCUGUUUGUACACUUUAUUUCAUCCCCGAUAUUUUCAGGGCUUUUGAAGCAGAAGGCAGUCCAAAAUCUUGCAAGGAACAGCGUGUGCAAGCAUUGGUCAGUCCAGAGAGAGGAACACACUUGGGGAGUGACGCCUUUGACUUUUGGGGAUGCUGGAGCUUUUUAUAAGUCCUCCUGCACAUUAUCAGAUCUAUCUUUGGCUCUGAACAUGAGAGCCACACUUUCUUUGAAACCCUGAGGGUCCCAAAUCUCAGGCUUCCAUGCAAACCAUGUCCACAUGAGGAGAAUCAGAGGCAAGGAACAAUCCUGGCAAUAGGGGGCUGCCACCAUGUAGGGGAGACUGCUCUGUGGUGCCCCAUCAAAACCCAGGGCCUCUGCUUCAGCUGGCAGUGUCAGACCUUUUCCCAUGUGGCAUUAAGGAAGGUGUGCAAGAGACCUUUUUGGAAGGCUCUGCGGAGGAUGAGGUUUUCCUUAAUAUGGAACACCCUAACUAACCCUGUUAGUUCAAAGAAGUGUCCCUCUGGUGAAAUGGGCUAGAGAAUGUGGCUCUCCUCACCCACUUCCUCUCUUUGUGUAUAAUGUAGCCAAUGGGUUCCAAUCAUCUGGGGGCAUUUCCAGAGAGUAGGCACCCCUCCCCCCUCACACACACCUGCACUCACCUCACCCUGGAUUAACAGCCAAAAAGGACUCUGGGCAUUUUUAGGUCUGCCAGUUUCCAUUCUUUGCUGGAGGUGCACCUUAUGCUAGAACCAGGUUGUAUAAUCAAUCUGGAAGGUGUUGGCCACAUGCAGAAGAAAAUUAUGUCCAAUGCCCUUUGGGGGCUUCAUCCAAGCUGAAGUGGGAGCUGCACCCCCUUCCCUGAAGUAGAACAAAUGAUUAAGGGCACCGAGCAUAUGGAGCAGUUUCCUUGCCCCAGGCCUUCCUCUUUGCAGCAAGUCUUCCUUUGGACGCCACAACCCACAGAAAUGCCUUCAUUCCAUCUCUUUCAGCAACCAGCUUUCCCGACUGCCUUGCUCAGCACAUCUGCAGCCAGGGGGGUUGCUUGUUCCCUUCCUAAAGAGAACAAGGAACCAUUUUGCAACUUGCACAUAGCUUUGCUCAGAGUAAUUACGCGCGUCUCUAAAGCGCCCCAAAGAACCCCCUUACUCACUGUCCCCAAGCAGAGGAUCAUUCAGUGACUCCCACACCACAAUCUCUCUGUAGGCCAGGAAGAUUGUGCAGAAUCCUCAGCAUUUCCAGCUUGAUCUGUUGGGCAUCUCCUUACAUGCACCUGAAGAGCCAGUUCCUCUCCCCAGCAAUUAGAGGCACGGCAGCCCACACCCAUUCCUGUGGGUCUGUGGCCUCAGUUCACUCCCUUUGGCAUAGUCUGCUACAGCUCCAGUGACGCAUAAGAAGUUAAGUAGGGAGAGCCUGUCUGGAUUAGGCCAUAGGCCCAUUCAAGUGUAGUGUUCACUUCCCUCGAAUCUCACAGGCAUCGCAGCAACAGCCCAUGCCUGUCUGCUCCUGAAUCGGUUCCUCAGUGGUACAUUGCUGCUUCUAGACACAAGUUUCAUUUUUAGCCAUCAGUGAUGAUUCCAAGAUGAUAGGUCUUAAUCUUCUUUUUAAGCCACUUAUGGUAGAGACUGUAACAACAUCCUGUGGCAACAAACCCCAUAAUUAUACAUUGUGUGGAAAAAAAAAUCCUUUCCUUUGGUUGUUCAGAAGGUUUUACCAAUCUGAUUCUCUACUGGAUAUAUACAGCAUGUCUGGAUUACAUUUUUUUUGAACAAUGAACCAUGUGUGUUCUGGCUACUCCAAUUUCAACCCACCCCACUUCUUGCAAGAGCUCAUCAAAACUUGGACAGGGAGCUGGGAAGGAGAUGCUGGUGGCAGUUUACCCCAUCAAGUUUGCUGGAGCCAACUGUACUCUGAAAUGUAUUGUGUGGUGAAUGAAACUGGUACUUAAGGGUAUGCUGCAUUGGCACAUGGAGGUUCUACCCUGGCUGAUCACCACUGGGAGCAUAAAUAGAUCUAAACCUCUUUUAAGUGAGCUAUUUUAGGAUGGCUAACCUAUAGAGUUUAGAGGGGCAUUAGACCCAUUCACAGAAGGCCUCUCAGUGUGAUUUCACAAUGAUUUCUACACAAUCAGUGCCACCUAGGAAUGUUUUAUCAGUCAACAAAUAAAUUGAAAUAAGAAAACAAA